AUGGAGGCCCUGGCUAUCAAAACUGCUGUUGAGCGGGGUUGCUCUCUUGGCUGGAGGAGGAUUAUCUGUGAGUCUGACUCUCAGAUUGUUGUGGAUAUGUUGAACAACCAGAGGUUGGAUGGUGUUAGUUGGCAUUUAGCUUUGAUGGUCAGACAGAUUUUAAGUGUAUGUAGCUCCUUGGAAUCUGUCUCUUUCUGUCACAUCCCUAGAGAAUGGAAUACCGUGGCUGACUGCUUGGCGAAGUGGGCCUCGGAGAAUGGGGAUGGUUGGGAUAUCAGUGGUAGGGGUGAGUUACCUUCUGAUUAUCGAGGGAUUUUGGAGAGAGCUUUAUUGGAAGACAGGACUAUGUAG